GAGCGCAAACCCAUGCUCUGUUCUCACUGAUCCGUAGUCAGAAGUUCUGUUUUGCGCACUUUUAUUUGUAAAGUUAUUCUAAAGUAACAAAUGAUGGUUUCACAUUUAUUGAAGUUUAUAUGGAGGAUGAAAGACGGACUCAUUCUCUUUUGCACCCCUUUUCUUCUGCUGCCUUUGCCACUAGUCAUUGGAACAAAGGAGGCUGCGUGUGCAUACGUAGUUGCACUGAUGGCAGUGUACUGGUGUACAGAGGUUCUGCCCUUGGCUGUCACUGCACUCCUACCAGCUGUGCUAUUUCCAGUAUUUAGGAUCAUGGAGUCCAAAGAUGUUUGUAUGCAGUACUUGAAGGACACCAACAUGUUGUUUCUGGGUGGACUGAUGGUGGCUGUAGCUGUGGAGCACUGGAAACUUCACAAGCGAAUUGCACUCCGGGUGUUGCUCAUAGUGGGUGUGCGCCCUGCUCUGCUGAUGUUGGGUUUCAUGGGUGUGACGGCCUUCCUCUCCAUGUGGAUCAGCAACACAGCCACAACUGCCAUGAUGGUCCCCAUUGUUCAAGCUGUGCUGGAGCAGCUCAACAACACAGCAGAUCAAGAACAGACCUCCACUCCAGAAAGUGAAGAGAAAAAUACUGAGAAAAAAACUGACACCCAGGUGGUUCUUAAUGGCCACAGUUUCUCACUGGAAUCAGACACAGAAAAGCAUCAUCGAGAGGAAGAGGAAAGACUAAAGAUGUGUAAAGGUCUGACGCUAUGUGUGUGCUAUGCAGCCAGCAUCGGUGGGACAGCCACUCUCACAGGCACAGGGCCAAAUCUGGUUCUCAUGGGACAGAUGAACCAACUUUUCCCAGACAAUCCUGAUGUUAUAAACUUUGCAUCUUGGUUUGGGUUUGCCUUCCCAAACAUGAUCAUCAUGCUCGCAAUGGCCUGGCUCUGGCUACAGGUUGUGUUCCUGGGUUUCAACUUCAAAAAGACAUGGGGCUGUGGGACGGUCAAGUCAGAGAAGGAGAUUGCUGCAUAUAAUGUAAUUAAAGAGGAGCACCAGCGUCUCGGCCCCAUGUCAUUUGGGGAGCUGAGUGUCCUAGCCCUCUUCGUCCUGCUGGUGGUGCUUUGGUUCACUCGUGAUCCAGGUUUUGUUGAUGGCUGGGCAACACGCCUUUUCAAUGCUGAAAAAGAGUAUGUGACAGAUGCCACAGUUGCUGUAUUCGUUGCUGCCCUGCUCUUUGUUUUUCCCUCCAAACCACCGCGCAUGUGCUCCUGGGGAGUACAGAGCUUUGACACAGUGCCCCAGUUGGACAGUGGCCCCACUCCAGCUCUGCUCACGUGGAAGGUGACACAGAAAAAAAUGCCAUGGAGCAUUAUCCUACUGCUAGGAGGAGGCUUUGCACUGGCGAAGGGCAGUGAGGUCUCAGGGCUGUCCAAGUGGCUUGGAGAUCAGAUGUCACCUCUUCAGAGCAUCCCUCCCUGGGCUAUUGCCAUCAUCCUGUGUUUGAUGAUAGCUACCUUCACUGAGUGCACGAGCAAUGUUGCCACAGCAACAUUAUUUCUGCCUAUACUCGCAUCUAUGUCCCAGUCAAUAGGUAUCAACCCUCUGUAUGUUAUGGUCCCCUGCACCCUCAGUGCAUCCUUUGCAUUCAUGCUCCCAGUGGCGACCCCUCCAAACGCCAUAGUCUUCUCUUAUGGUUACCUGAAAGUGUCGGAUAUGGCUAAGACAGGAAUAGUCAUGAAUAUCAUCGGCAUCCUCUCCAUCACCUUGGCCAUCAACAGCUGGGGCAGAGCCAUAUUCAGUUUAGACACCUUUCCCAGCUGGGCAAACAAAACAGAUCUGUGAGAGACUGAAUCCAACCAUUGAUAUGCUGCCAGACUACACCAUUCAGCACUAUUCUCACUAUAUUUGAAACUGAAGAGGCCAGACAAGAUAAAGCCAGUGGCUGGUUUCACUGGAGAUAAUAGUGUGUGCAAUCACUUGCACUUUUGUACUGUGACAGUGCAGUUAACCUGCUGUUUUUAUGUACAUUUGUGUAACUACCUAAAAAUUAAAGGUAAAAUAAAGUGGCUUCAAAAGCGAUAAUGCUGCACUGCUCAUAAAAGGAAUACACAUUGAAAGCCAAAAGGCUAAAAUCAUAUAAUAUUAUUAAGAUUUUAAAGGAUGUAAAACAAUCUAUGAACUUCCAAACUGUGAACAGCUUUAUAUUUUAACUAAACAUGCCAGGCAGUUUUGACAUGCAUAAUCAUGUACAGUUCCAGAAUUAUUACUAUGUAAAUUAAAAUUAAAAACCUGUAUUUUGUUCAUAUUUCUUAAUAAUAAAUUGUCAAAUAUUAAA